CGUUGAUGUACCUAAUCCACCACCAUCACCAGAAUUUCCCUCCGAUUCUUCUCCAACCCACGCCCCAUCUGCAAGCUUAGACACUCACAAUCCCAAAUCCACGCCACGCAACAUUUCCUAAGUAAGGCCUACGUUUCCUUCUCUUUUCCUCUUACCGUAAUCAUAAAUCUAUCAUCCCACUCUGCUCCCAUUUUGUCUGCUUCCAUUACCAGGGUCAUUCUCUACCUAGUAUUUAUUCUUGGAUGUGCGGCUACGUUGUAGAUCUCGCGCGGUCUUUUUUCUCGUCUUUUUCCUAGCUGAGAAAUUUCAAAGGAGUUCCCCAACUUUGCCCUUCCUUUCCUCAGCCGACUACGCGGCGAAGACACGUUGCAGCGUCGCAGCGCCUUUCCUUUAGAGAGCUUCGUACCAGUAGCUACCAGCUAUCGUUAGUUAUCGUCUUACAACGUAGGACAGCCUAACAAUACAGAAACUUCCCAAAUGUCCUAUUGAUCCGAUUUAUCUUGCUUGACGUACCCUCCUGCCGUGUCAAAGUCCCGGAAACGACUCUAAGAUCACCCAAUCAAGCCUGUCAAGAUGGCUCAACUUGACACUCUGGACAUAAUUGUCCUCGCCGCCAUCCUGGUAGGCACCGUCGCCUACUUUACUAAAGGCAAAGUUUGGGGCAUUACCAAGGACCCAUAUGCCAAUGCCUUCGCCAACACAAACGGCGCCAAGGCCGGAAAGACGAGAAAUAUCCUGGAGAAAAUGGAGGAGUCCGGAAAGAACUGCGUCAUAUUCUACGGCUCUCAGACCGGUACCGCUGAGGACUAUGCUUCGAGGUUAGCAAAGGAGGGUAAGAGCCGAUUUGGGUUGGAAACUAUGGUAGCCGAUCUCGAAGACUAUGACUUUGACAAUCUCGACGCGAUCCCUUCCGACAAGGUUGUUAUGUUCGUCCUUGCUACGUAUGGCGAGGGCGAGCCUACCGACAAUGCUGUUGACUUCUACGAAUUCAUUACUGGCGAAGACCCGGCUUUCUCGGAAAGCUCGGAGGCUCCUCUCCAAAACCUCAACUAUGUCGCUUUCGGUCUAGGAAACAACACCUACGAACACUACAACUCAAUGGUUCGCAAUGUCAACAAGGCUCUAGAGAAGCUAGGUGCUAAGAGGAUCGGCGAGGCUGGAGAAGGCGAUGACGGUGCGGGUACUAUGGAAGAAGAUUUCUUGGCUUGGAAAGACCCUAUGUGGGCUGCACUCGCGGAGAAGAUGGGUCUCGAGGAGCGUGAAGCCGUCUACGAGCCUAUUUUCGGUAUUACUGAGCGUGAAGGCCUCACUAAGGAUUCUCCCGAAGUGUACCUAGGCGAACCCAACAAGAUGCAUCUCGAAGGAACUGCCAAAGGCCCCUUCAACGCCCACAACCCGUACAUUGCCCCCAUUGUCGAUUCCAAGGAAUUGUUCUCUGUUAAGGAUAGAAACUGCCUUCACAUGGAAGUGGAUAUCAGCGGCUCUAACCUGACCUACCAGACUGGUGAUCACAUCGCAAUUUGGCCGACGAACGCCGGACAUGAAGUUGACCUCCUCCUUGGCAUUCUGGGACUAGAAGAUAAGAGGGAUACUGUAAUUAGCGUCAAGGCUCUCGAACCCACGGCUAAGGUGCCGUUCCCUACCCCUACCACCUAUGAUGCUAUUAUCCGGUACCAUCUUGAGAUUGGCGCUCCCGUAUCUCGUCAAUUCCUAGGCACGCUGGCUGCAUUCGCUCCCGAUGAGGCUACCAAGGCAGAAAUGACUAGACUCGGCAAUGACAAGGAUUACUUCCAGGACAAGGUUAGCAAGAAUCACUACAACAUCUCCAGGACCCUGGGUCUUGUCAGUAACGGACAGAAAUGGACCAAUGUUCCCUUCUCGGCAUUCAUUGAGGGCCUCACCAAGCUUCAGCCUCGUUACUAUUCGAUCUCGUCCUCUUCGUUGGUUCAGCCCAAGAAGAUUUCCAUUACCGCCGUCGUUGAGAACCAGUUGAUACCCGGGCGUGCCGAUCCUUUCAAGGGUGUGGCUACGAACUACCUACUUGCCCUCAAGCAGAAGCAAAACGGCGAUUCUAACCCCGAACCAUUUGGACUCACCUACGAACUUCACGGCCCAAGGAACAAAUAUGACGGUAUCCACGUACCUGUACAUGUGCGCCACUCGAACUUCAAGCUUCCUUCUGACCCGUCUAAACCCAUUAUUCUCAUUGGCCCUGGUACCGGUGUGGCCCCAUUCCGUGGAUUCGUCCAGGAACGAGCAAAACUGGCCGAGUCUGGUGAGAACGUCGGUCGUACGCUACUUUUCUUUGGCUGCCGAAAGCGGAACGAGGAUUUUAUGUACGAAUCGGAAUGGGAGGACUACAAGAAAGCUCUCGGUGACAAGUUUGAGAUGAUUACUGCAUUCUCCCGAGAGGGUCCUAAGAAGGUUUAUGUACAACAUAGACUCAAGGAGAGAGCUGAAGAAGUCAACGAGCUGCUCGAGAAGAAGGCGUACCUCUACGUUUGCGGUGACGCAGCAAACAUGGCUCGAGAAGUCAACACCGUCUUGGCGCAGAUUAUUGCGGAAAAGCGUGGCAUCCCAGAGACGAAAGCAGAGGAGAUCGUCAAGAACAUGAGAGCCUCUAACCAAUACCAGGUAAGCUACACUAACACGCCCCUUAAACCAACCCACUCUACGGUCCAUUUACGACUAGCAAUCCUCUAUUUGCUUCCCCGCGUCGUCAGUAUUUUAGAAACAUCGAUGCUAAUAGAUAUUAUAGGAGGACGUCUGGUCAUAAUGGCCGAUUAUACGGCGGCGUGCUAUUUUUCAAUGCAUGGCAGGGUGAGCGUUGCAGAUAGACUUUGCAUAGAAGAGAUUCGCUGCUGACCUUGCACGGAGUCACGGAGGUGUGGGCUUUUUAUUGGCGCGGCUUGGACGUUAGCACGAUCUCGGUUCGGGUAUCCAAUACGCGGUCUAAUGCAGAGUUCCGCAUGUUCUUUGCGUAUAUAACCUGGUCACUACCUAACGUAAUGAUUUCGUUUAUAGAUUGAUAUAAGUCUUCAAAAACUAA